AAACAGACGCAGCGCCUUGAGACACCAGAGAAGGAGUCCCGCACGCGACCCAAACGCCUCACACACAUACACGCACACACAACCAGUGCGACGGCAGCGCGACUGUGCAUUCCUGCAGGAACGUUUCCUAAUAUAGUUAUAGGGAAGAAAAGUUUUUUGAGGUUUUUUUUUGGUAUUUAUUUAUUUAUUUUCUCAAAUUGGGAAACAUGGAUAUAUUAACGGUGGAGGAGUGGGGUAAAGGCGCGCGGGAGGUUGCAACCCUGGAUGUGCUGCAGCUGGACGCCGGGGUGGUGAAGAGGGGAGGGAAGCAGCAGCUCGAGGCGUCCCGCUACGACCCGGGACUUACGCUCGUGGACGGCGGCAGAGACCCACGCGCUUGGCUAGGCGACGCUUCAGGCACCUGCGCGGCACACGCCACCUCACCCGACAACCUGCGGCACUCGCCGUGCCCAAGCACCGGUUCUUACCAAGAGAGUUGUUCCCCCGGGUCCUCGGGUCAUCCCAGCCCUCCCAUUCACAGACGAUCUGCCAAGAGUCCCUCCUCUUCCUCCCUCAAAGUCAGGGACCUGUGUCGCCUCAAAGGCACCAUCACAGGGCCCCAAGAAGAGGCCCCCGCGAGGCAGAGAGCCCCGUCCAGCAAGCCCGUCAAUGGCGUCCAGAGGCAGAGGCGCGUGGCCGCCAACGCGCGCGAGAGGAGGCGCAUGCACGGGCUCAACCACGCGUUCGACGAGCUGCGCAGCGUCAUCCCGGCGUUCGACAACGACAAAAAACUCUCCAAAUACGAAACUCUGCAGAUGGCGCAGAUUUACAUCAACGCGCUGGCCGACUUGCUCCAAGGUCCGGCGUCCUCCAGCAACAAUGAAAACUCGGGCGGUUCACCAAAGCGCGACAUUUUGCUACCAUCGCCCUCAAAUGGUUUUGAAGGGGCAAAGGACAGGGUUGCCCAGUCUUCGGUUACCUGCAGGACAGCGGCGGCUCUGCCCCUCUCCGGGGAUACCAUACCUGUUCACGUCAGCGGGAUGCCAUUGCGCUCUACAUUCCAAGAGAACUCCUUCGCUGGCAGAGUUGAAGACGCAAUGUGUUCUCCCUCGUCUUCGCUCGUUGGGAACGGGAGGAAAGGGUCUCCACGAAGCGACGGUGAGUUUUCCCCGCGCUCCCACUUCAGUGACUCGGAUGAAAUGGCGAUGGAGCUCCACUCAAGUGAAGAAGACGAUCUGUCAGAACUCAAGCUGCCCAGCCACCGUCAUCCCGCCGUGUCAUUCUAAAUAAAUUAUGGAUAAAUAGACUAUAUAUAUUAAAAAGAAAUAGAUCACAGCAACAUUUAUCAAAUUUCAGUAAACCGUGUCAAUCGAAUGCCUUGGAUUUAUAUGAUGGAAAAAAUAUGUUUGUUUGUUCUUUUUUUUUUCAUUUUGUAAAUUAAAAUAAAGUGGUUCCGAUUUCUUUAACAGCUGUGUCAUUAUUAGUUUAGGUGAGAAAGACAUGAUUCGAUUCUGCCAAUAUACAUAUAUAGAUGGAAUUCCAAUGCAUCCAACAAAUUCAAGGUUCCAUAGUGACGUGGGUGGACGAUCCCUCUGCCAUGUCGCGCACAGCACCGCCAUGGGCAUUUCCCACGUCCCACCAACCAAAACUCUUGUCUUCCUAAAAAGCCGAACUUUACGCAUUACGCUUUUGAUGUAUUGGAUUGUGUAAGAUUGGUUUCUAAAAAUGAUUUAAAAAUGAUCUUGAUUUCUGAUUCAGCUGAUGAUUUAUUGUAAUGUGUAUUUUAUUUUGCAACUUCUAAAGUUUAUAACGUGCACUUUAAAUAUUCGGGCCAG